CCGACCGAGCACGAUCAAGUCCGAGUCCAACGCGAACCCGACUACUCUACUGACUACCGGUCUAUAAAACCACACCCAAGGGCGCCCAUACGCAGCACAAUUUUCCUUUCCGAAGAAGAUGGGUAGGCAGCGCAGUUCAGCUCGCUCCGUUCUCCUACCCGACGACUCCGCUCGCCUCCUGCUGCAAGCUCGCUUCGCGAGCGCGAGAUCCAUCGGUGAAUCAUCAGCACCAUCACCCAUGGGGAUCGAGGAGGAGGACGUCGUCGGCUGGCCAACGGCGACGUCCAUGACGAUGGCGCUGCCGCGGAAGAAGGCGCCGCGCGCGCAUCUGGGGACGGCCUUCCGCUGCCCGUCCUGCCGCCACGCUGACAGCGUCGAGUGCCGCAUCGACAUCAAGGGCAAGGCCGCCGAGGCGUCGUGCUGGGCGUGCGGGGCGAGCUACGCGGCCGGAGCCAACUCCCUGACGGAGCCCAUCGACGUCUACGGCGAGUGGAUCGACGCGUGCGAGCGCGCGCGCGCCGACGGAGGCGUCGACGUCCGCCGAGACUACGACGACGAUGAGAUGAUGGUUGACGCGUGGAUGUAAUCUUGUAGCGGCAGUAAUGCGCUAUUUGUUCUUGUGCGGUGUAUUCAACUCAGAUUGUUGUAGAGUUGAAAUUCAGUCUCCCGAUUCUUGCCUCAUUGAG